GUGGACAAGGAGAAGCAGCAAGUGACGGUGGAAGGUGGGAUUUUCCUUUCAGACCUCAACAUCGAGCUGAGCAAGCACGGGCUGGCCCUGGCCAACUUAGGAGCCGUUUCUGAGGUGGCAGCAGCCGGUGUGAUCGGGACGGGGACGCACAACACAGGGAUCAAGCACGGCAUCCUCUCCACCCAGGUCGUAGCGCUCACACUGCUGACAGCCUCGGGGGAGAUCCUGGAGUGCUCCGAGUCCACCAACACGGAUAUCUUCCAAGCUGCCCGUCUGCACCUUGGCUGCCUGGGUGUCGUGCUCACGGUCACCUUCCAGUGCGUGCCACAGUUCCACCUGCACGAGGUGGCCUUCCCCUCCACCCUCACCGAGGUCCUUGAUCACCUCGAGGACCACCUGAAGAGAUCCCAAUACUUCCGAUUCCUGUGGUUCCCGCACAGUGAGAACGUCAGCGUCAUCUACCAGGAUCCCACCAACAAGGCAGAAAGCUGCAAACCCUGCAAAUCAUCUUCCUCUGCUUGGCUUUCCUCUGCCAGCUGGUUGUGGGACUAUGCUGUUGGCUAUUAUUUGCUGGAAUUUCUGCUCUGGAUCAGCACCUUCGUGCCCAGGUUGGUGUGCUGGAUCAACCGCUUCUUCUUCUGGCUCCUCUUCAGCUCCCGGGUGGAGAAUAUUGACGUCAGCUACAAGAUCUUCAACUAUGAGUGUCGUUUUAAGCAGCAUGUUCAAGACUGGGCCAUCCCCAUCGAGAAGAUGAAGGAAGCUCUGCUGGAGCUGAAGGCUGCCCUGGAGAACAACCCCAAGCUGGUGGCUCACUACCCUGUGGAGGUGCGCUUCGCUCGGGGGGAUGAGAUCUGGCUGAGCCCCUGCUUCCAGCGAGACAGCUGCUACAUGAACAUCAUCAUGUACAGGCCCUACGGGAAGAACGUCCCCCGCCUCAACUACUGGCUGACCUACGAGGGCAUCAUGAAGAAGCAUGGUGGGAGACCACACUGGGCGAAGGCCCACAGCUGCACCCGGAAGGACUUUGAGAAGAUGUACCCAGCCUUCCCCAAAUUCUGCUCCGUCCGGGAGAAGCUGGACCCCACAGGGGUCUUCCUGAAUGCCUACCUGGAAAAGGUGUUCUACUGACGAGGGCAAUGAGGGGGAUGGAGGAAAAAUCAGUCAUCAUCCCCAGUUCUUGGGACACCCCAAAGCUCGUGGUCCCAAGAUGCUGCACCCCAGCUCUGUCCUCACCUGAUCC